AGCCUCUCCCCCCCUCCCCCACAAUCCCCACUUCCCCAAUUCUCUCCUCCCUUAUCCAUCCGGGUGAAACUCGAAACUCCCCACACGAACCAGUGAUUCUCAGAAACAGGGGAAGACAACCAAUACAGCUAAUUGGUAAAUUUCCUCUUUCAUUUUUCGUUGGGGGAGUUUCGCCAGUACAAUGCAGCUUCACAUCUCGCCCAGUCUGCGGCAUGUGACGGUGCUCCCGGCGAAAGGGGUGAGGGAGUUCAUCAAGGUGAAGGCCGGGUCGAGGCGGCUUUCGUAUCGGAUGGUUUUCUACUCGCUCCUGUUCUUCGCUUUCCUUCUCCGAUUUGUGUUCGUGUUGACGGCCAUGGACACCAUUGAUGGAGAAACCAAGUGCUCUACCGUCGGUUGUCUGGGGAAAAGAUUAGGGCCUAGGCUUUUGGGGAGGAGGCCGGGACCCACUGUGCCAGAAGUGGUAUAUCAAGUUUUGGAAGAGCCACUCAGCAAAGAAGAAAUACAAAAGCUGUCAGAGGUUCCUCAAUCGCUUGAAGACUUCAUGGCUGAAAUUAAGGACAGCAGAUCAGAUGCAAUGGCUUUUGCCUUAAAGCUUAGGGCUAUGGUGACCCUUCUUGAGGAAAGAACCAGAACAGCCAAAAUCCAGGAAUACUUGUACAGGCAUGUAGCGUCCAGCAGCAUACCAAAGCAGCUCCACUGCCUCACUCUAAAACUGGCCAAUGAGCACACCACCAACGCCGCCGCCCGCCUCCAGCUCCCCUCCGCUGAGUCCGUUCCCUCCCUCGUCGACAACUCCUUCUUCCACUUCGUCCUGGCCUCCGACAACGUGCUCGCCGCCUCCGUGGUCGCGUCAUCGCUAGUUCAAAACUCGCUGCGUCCCGGAAAGAUAGUCCUUCACAUUAUCACGGACAGGAAGACCUACUCCCCAAUGCAGGCAUGGUUCUCACUGCACCCUCUGGCCCCGGCCGUCAUCGAGGUCAAGGCAUUGCACCAUUUCGAUUGGUUCUCCAAGGGGAAGGUCCCGGUUCUGGAAGCCAUGGAGAAGGACCAAAGGGUGCGGUCGCAGUUUCGAGGUGGGUCGUCGGCGAUCGUGGCAAACAACACUGAGAAGCCAUAUGUCAUUGCUGCAAAGCUUCAAGCACUUAGUCCCAAGUACAAUUCAAUAAUGAAUCAUAUAAGGAUACACUUGCCAGAGUUGUUUCCUAGUCUCAACAAAGUUGUCUUCCUCGACGACGACAUUGUGGUACAAACUGAUCUUUCCCCUCUUUGGGACAUCGAUAUGAAUGGCAAAGUCAAUGGAGCAGUAGAAACAUGCAGGGGGGGCGAUAAGUUUGUAAUGUCGAAGCGAUUGAAGAGUUAUUUGAACUUCUCCCAUCCGUUGAUAGCGAAGAAUUUCGAUCCUGACGAAUGUGCAUGGGCUUAUGGUAUGAACAUCUUCGACCUCGAAGCUUGGAGGAAGACCAACAUAAGCCACACCUACCAUUAUUGGGUUGAAGAGAAUUUAAAAUCAGACCUGAGUUUAUGGCAGCUAGGAACAUUACCGCCGGGGCUAAUAGCAUUCCAUGGUCACGUCCACGUUAUAGAUCCCUUCUGGCACAUGCUGGGGCUAGGGUACCAGGAGAACACCAGCAUCGUCGGUGCUGAGACCGCCGGCGUCGUGCAUUUCAACGGCCGGGCAAAGCCCUGGUUGGAGAUAGCCUUUCCCCAGCUCCGGCCACUGUGGGCUAAGUACCUUGACUUUUCCGAUAAAUUCAUCAAGAGCUGUCAUAUAAGCAGGGGUUCUUAUUAAUUACUUACCAAAGCAAGCAUGCAUGCAUGUGUGGUUUUGGCCCACUCGUGAGGAAAUGGAAAGCUUCGGGGAAAUUAAGGUCUUCACAAAUUAAUUCGAGGUCUCUGCGGUACCAAUAUUGCUGAUCAGAACGAGAGAUGAAAACCUUCUUCAGUUCCCUGGCUGGAAUUUCUAUUUUCUCGUCUUUUCUGAUCAUGUUUAAUUUUUUUAUGUUUAAUUUUGUGAAUUAAAGGCGCGGGAUUAUGUUCUUUUUGGGGAAGGAUGAACAGCUUGGGCAAAACUAAUAAGGUACAAUUUGUAAAUAAAAUGUCUUCCCAAAUGCGGUGUUAAUUUAGAUAACCAAGAUUCUUGUACGCACUGUUGCGAAGACAUUUUCCCUAAUAAUAAGAUAUUGUUUAAGGUAGAA